AUGCAGGACCCUACGCGACUAUCUACGAUCACCAUCCACGACCUGCUCUUAGCCGACAACUGCGAACUCAAAACCACGACCAAAGUGGACAUGCAACGGAGCAUGGACCUCUCCGUCACCGGGUACGCCAACUUCGGCCUGACUAUCAAAACGGACAAAACGGUGGUCACGCACCGACCGUCACUCAACGCGCAACACUGUACUCCUCGAAUCACUGUCGAUGGCAACCAACUAAAAACCGUGAACAAUUUCGUUUGUCUCGGAGGCGCACCUUCCACCAGCACCAGAAUCGACGACGAAGUGGCCUACCGGAUCUUCAAGGCCAGCCAAGCCUUCGACCAGUUGCAGAACUCCAUGUGGAACUGCCACAGCCUCGAUUUGGAUACCAAACUGAAGAUGUACAAGGCCGUUGUCCUGACGACACUUCUGUACGGAGCGGAGACUUGAACCAUCUACUCCAACCAUGCCAAGAAACGCAACCACCGCCGAUCACGCUGCCGCUGUCCCGCCGCCAUCAACCACCGACACCAUCCGCCCUGCCCCAGCCCCUCAUCGACCACAGCGACCAGCUCCACCACCACAACAUCACGUACUCCCCUCUCCGAUGGGAAGAAGUCCGACGUCCUAUCACCCUCUACCAUCACCACCAACGCCACAACCUCCAGCGAUGUGGACUCGGCUCAUACCUGUCUUCAUUGCGACCGCGCAUUCACCUCGCACAUCGUCCUGCGAAUCCAUCCUGUGGAGAUUGGCGAGCCAGUGCCUGGAGCAUCAACCUACACUCGCCGCAUCCACCUUCACUGA